AUGGAUUCCCUAAUAGCUCGCGGUCGUCUGAAUCAAUCCUUCCAAAUAAUCGUCCCUAACGGCUUGAUAUGGUCCAACGAGGGCGACUACACCGUCACCACCACCAACUCAACACUUUACACCGAAUUCAUCCACAAGGGUUUCUGCGGCAUCGAUCCCACAUUCACCAGUACCCUCGAAAACAAUUGUGACGCCGCCUCCGAUGCCGCCCUCCAAACUGUCAUCUGGGUUGGCAUCACGUGCGCCAUCAUCUGGGCCCUAGUCGGCUUCGCAACUGCCAAUGAGAUAGUCGAUCGGUUCCACAAGCCCGAGGCCAAGAUGAACUGGAUCCUGGAUGGCCUUUUAGGUGGAUUCAUAACCCUGGGCGUAACGCUGCUCUGCUUUCUAGCGGGGCCGUUCGCGGGGCUUGUGUUUCGCGUGCCGGAGGAUGAGUUGGAUGAGGCGGUCUUUGAGACAUUGACGAGGUGUAGGAUGGUAAGGAUUUGCGCAGAUAUACCGGAGCCUACUAGACGCGGCGUGGAGCUGCGGAAUUUGGAAUCUGGGGUGCAUGGUGACAAUGUGCAUGUGGAUGGGGGAGCAAGCAGACGGGUCAGCAGUGAUACGCCUGUAAGGGGUGGUCUCGGAGCGGCUUCGUCUUGUAGCGAGCCAUCACCGUUCUACAAAUCGGAGACUGCACCGCCGCCAUAUUCUCCAUGA